UCAAUGUAUUUCUCGACGCCCGACAUCGUGGCAAUUGAAAUUUGGGAAAGAGCCAGGAACAAAAAUAAAGAAACAGUAAUUACUUUGAGGCCUGCUAUUUUACCUUGGGACUAUGCUCGGAUUACCUGAAAAUUUCUCAGAAACAUCAUGAUAUCUAGCAGAUAAAACAUGGUUGUUGGGUCAGCGCUCAUGUUGCGCCCUGUGCCUCCGCUUGUUGCCAGCAAACCCGGCUCCGGAUUCUAUUGGCAGCGACGCCUGUUCAACUUGGCAGGCUCUACGAAUAUCACCGUGUCCGCUUGCAAGCCUAGUGCAAAGCGAUUUAUAUCAGAGACGCCGCUCCGUCUUGAGUCUUCAGGUCAAGAUGACCCUAGAUUGAAAGAAGUCCUAGGCAGGACUAUCGCAGACGAUUUUGCCAAGUUGCGUUCUGACUAUGCAUCGCCCAAAUACCCUGUGGUGCUCGCCCAUGGCCUGCUUGGUUUCUCGACUCUCGAGCUAGCAGGCCAUUUGCUCCCACCCAUUGAAUACUGGCACGGCGUCAGGACCGCCCUGGAAGCGCGAGGCGUGACUGUCAUCACACCCGCGGUGCCACCCUCGGCAAGCAUCGCGGUGCGGGCCGCCAAGCUGGCGACGCAGAUCGCCGACUCGGUGCCCAGCGGCACGCCCGUCAACAUAAUCGCGCACUCCAUGGGAGGCCUGGACGCCAGGCUCCUCGUGUCGCCAGCGUUUGCGGACCAGCUCUCUUCCGUGACCGCAGAACGCCUCAACGUGGCGUCGCUGGUGACCAUAUCGACGCCCCACCGCGGCAGCACCUACGCCGAGCAUGUUAUAAACCUUCUAGGUCCUCAGCGGGUAGAGGGGGCCCGGCGCAUGCUUCGAACCACAAUGGGGUGGGAUAACACGGAAGCGUUUGAGCAGCUGACACCCAGGUAUAUGAAGGAGGUGUUCAAUCCCGCUACUCCGGACCACCCGGACACGCGUUAUUUUUCCUAUGGUGCCAUGACGGACGGGCGGCCGCGGCUUUUUAGCCCCUUUCGCGCGUCGCACAAGAUUAUUCAGGCUGCCGAGGGCCCCAACGAUGGUCUCGUGUCUGUCGAAAGCAGUAAAUGGGGUACAUACGAAGGAACUGUGGUCGGUGUUUCACACCUGGCCCUGAUCAACUGGACGAAUAGACUUGGUUGGACUGUUAGAAAGUGGUUGGGCCAAGAAGAGACCUUCAACGCAAUUGCGUUUUACCUUGAUAUUGCAGAUAUGUUGGCGAAAAGGGGAUUGUAGGAUAGAUGAGCGGUGGAUGGGGUGCCAACAGCCUGAAAGACAGCCAAGUCAAUGCUGGCGUCAGGAUAUGUAUCAUUAAUAAGAUCAAUUGUUGUUCACAUUAAUUUUCAACAUUUUAUUCCUUUGGCACAAA